AUGGCUAUAGCCAACGUUACGUCUACUGCAGUAGGUGGCUUGACACAGUCUAGUGUCGUUGGUGUCCUGCCACCAUUGGUGUUAGAUGUCUUCAUGGCUAUCAACACCAUCUGUUUUGAGACGGUGUCUCUAGCUGGUAUCUGUGCUAACCUGGUCAACAUCAUGGUGUUCACCAAACAAGGGUUCAAGGACACGGUCAACAUUACGCUAACAGCUUUAGCGGUCAGCGACAUCGGGUCACUGGUCACGCUUCAGCUGUUUUUCAUCUUCAUUAACCCCUGGUUUCUUAAACUGGACGUAACCUUCAUCCCUCUUGACGUGGUGACUAUGGUCUCAUUCUACCCCCAUAACUACUUCAUACGUGUGUGUGGGUUUAUCACAGCUUUCGCCGCAUUUGAGCGAUGUUUAUGUGUGGUAACGCCUUUAAAAGUUAAACAAAUUAUCACCAAAAACGUCGUCAUCACUUUCAACAUCAGCGUUUUCAUCGUGACGUUUUUCAACAUCUUCCACGUCUACUACAUCUGUUACUUCGACUGGAAGUUAUCAGCGAACGUAAACAAAACCUUGUUGACUUUGUCCUUCAGGAACAACAGAGAAGCAGUGUUCAGCGUGUCCUACUUCAUCACCGAUCUCUUCGUGCCUUACUUCACGUUCGCCGUCAUCAUCCUCAGCACUGCCGUCAUCGCCGUGAAACUCCACAUCCGCGCAUGCUGGCGUGGCGACAACAUCACCACUCAACUCAACUCCAACAUCACCACCAAAGACAAGAAACUCAUCCUCAUGCUAACGACCGUGUCUGUCAUAUUCAUCGUCUGCCUGAUUCCCCAGUCUGCUAUUCUGACCGCGGUCAGUUUGGUCAGGGGGUUAAGUUUGAAGGGCGCCUACUUUGACCUGGCUUUGCUCUGUUACGUCAUAUCCUAUUACACGGAGACCAUUAACUCCAGUGUCAACUUCCUGUUCUACUACAAGAUGAGUUCCAAGUUCCAGAAAACUCUCAGAGAUUUGUUCGAUAGACAAGCCAAAGUCAAAACAAAACUACCGUACUGUUAG